CUGGGGUAUAUCGAGUCCGGAUUAGUUUACAGUCUAGCGCGCAAUCGCCGGGUAAGGGCUACGCUAAUCUCGCAAGUAGAACCUUCAUGCUUCAGCCCUGAACGCUUUAAGGGUUGAAAAGAUGGGGUUCCGAGCGAUGUGGAUAGCCGUCUUCCUUUGCGUAGCAGUUUGGGUCAAGACAUCACAAGCACAGGAGGCACCAAUUAACUUUAUUAUCGACCCGCUGUUGAAGGGAGAUCCCGGAAACAAAGGACAGGCUGGCCCACCCGGCCCAGCUGGACCUCAAGGCCCAAAGGGCACGCAAGGAGACGCAGGAACGCCUGGCGGAAAUGGUGCCCCUGGCCUUCCUGGACCUCCAGGUGCAAGAGGUUUAAUAGGACCCCCUGGUCCUCCAGGAAAACCAGUCAUCAGAAGAGUUGGAAUCCCUGGACUUCCCGGAAAGCGUGGAGAUCGUGGUACUCCUGGAGCGAAAGGUCCUCCUGGGCUUGCUGGAGAACCAGGUGAACCUGGUACACAAGGCCCUCGUGGAGACCCUGGAGAUGUCGGAGAGCCCGGAGAAGCUGGACCUUCAGGUCGCAACGGUGCCAAUGGAACAGCAGGCCCCCCGGGUGUUCGAGGACAGCCAGGCGCAAUAGGAUCCCCGGGACCGAAAGGCCAACAAGGGCCCCAAGGAGCCGAAGGAUUCAAGGGAGACAGGGGACUUAUUGGAAGACGAGGACCUAAGGGAAACCUUGGAGAGAAAGGAGAGAAGGGAGCAGAGGGACCCGGUGGAGUAGAAGGAAAGAAUGGAACAGACGGUGCUGCUGGCCCAGCCGGUGAGCCUGGUGCGGAUGGACCUAGAGGAUCACCGGGAGCAUUGGGAGAUCAAGGAGAGAGGGGUCCCGCUGGCGCCCCGGGUCCUCAAGGUCUACCUGGAACUGCAGGUCCACCUGGUCUUCCUGGUGAUGGUGGUGUACAGGGAGAUCCUGGUAUCGAGGGCGAGAGUGGACCCACGGGUCCAGCUGGCCGAGUUGGUCUUCCUGGUCCUGCUGGUGAUCCAGGAAAUCCUGGUCUUGCCGGACGAAACGGUGCGGGUGGUGACAAGGGAGCAAGGGGUGAGAACGGACCUGCUGGACCACAAGGGCGCCCUGGUGCUGCGGGCCGACAGGGUGACCCAGGCCGGGAUGGUGCCCCGGGAGCCCCCGGCAAACCUGGAGAAGUUGGACGAGACGGGAGGACCGGACCUCCUGGAAUUCCCGGAGAUCGGGGAGAUGCGGGCCGAGCAGGACCACAGGGACCCCAAGGGGCUGAGGGUCGAACGGGUCGUCGUGGAUCACUUGGAGAGCGUGGAGGCAAAGGACCACAAGGCAGCAGAGGUCCAGUUGGUCCCCGCGGUGCGAAUGGAGCCCCCGGAUCUCCCGGAGCUGACGGAGACACUGGAGAGGCUGGUGAACAUGGAGCUGAUGGGCUGAAGGGAGAUCGUGGGGCCGACGGCUUGCCGGGAGAGGACGGCAUCCCUGGACCCAGGGGACCAUCCGGCCCUACUGGCCCGCCCGGACCUGACGGAAAGGACGGACAGAAGGGAGAGGCUGGUCGUGAUGGGGAAAACGGUCAAAUCGGACCUCAGGGUCGUGCAGGAGCUCCAGGAAGCCCUGGUCUCGGUGGUCAGAAGGGCGACCAAGGAAUGCCUGGCAAACCUGGAAACCCUGGCGCUGCCGGAUUACGUGGCGCACCGGGUGCCCGCGGAGAUUACGGAGAACGCGGAGAGCCUGGUGCUCCCGGACGUGACGGUUCACCUGGACAGCGCGGUGUUCCUGGCGUUCCUGGCAUUCCCGGAUUGGCUGGCAUGCAAGGUGAGCCCGGUGCGCAAGGGCCGAUGGGAGCUGACGGCAAGAGGGGCCCCGUGGGUGAGAGAGGACAAGACGGCCAGGCUGGCGCCAGGGGUGCACCGGGUGCGCAGGGCGAGCGUGGCCCACGUGGAGAACAGGGCAAGCAGGGAGAGAAAGGACGCGCGGGUGAAGGUGGUGCCGAUGGAGCUCCGGGUAUUCCUGGCGAGCAAGGUCCCAUGGGACCAGUAGGAGCACCCGGGCCAGUGGGUAACGCCGGUAGUCCCGGUUCCCCAGGACCUUCUGGGCCCAAGGGAGACUCGGGCGAGCCCGGACAACAAGGACCUCGUGGAACGCAAGGAUCCGACGGAAAACGCGGAUUCGCCGGAAUGCCAGGAGCAGCCGGUCCCCCCGGACCCCGCGGACCAAGGGGAGCCAACGGAAAUCCCGGUAUCCCCGGUGUACCUGGCGAUGCUGGUCUUACUGGUCCGCGCGGAGUUCCUGGACCCCCAGGACGGCCUGGCGAUGAUGGAAUGCGAGGACCGGACGGACCAGUCGGACCACCUGGAGAUGUGGGAGAGAUGGGAGAUACCGGUAGCAAUGGAGAUCCGGGAGAUGAUGGAGAUCCAGGAGAACUUGGAAACAUUGGACCCGCAGGACCUGAAGGUAUCAAGGGUGCAUCCGGUUCGCCAGGAGGCAUUGGACCUCCAGGUGCACCUGGAGCUGUCGGAAGACCUGGACCCGUGGGAUUACCAGGACCCCAAGGACCCGCCGGUCCUGAUGGAGAUCACGGAAUGGAUGGCGCUAAGGGUGAUCCGGGCGCAGCCGGCGUUAAUGGCCUGAGAGGCCCGAGAGGAAAGCCGGGCAGGAACGGUAAAGACGGAUCAAGGGGAAAGAGAGGCGAAGACGGAAGACCUGGAGCUGUUGGACCACCAGGAAAGACAGGCCCGCGAGGCAAGCCGGGAUUACAGGGAGCACCUGGAAGCCAGGGAGCACCAGGACCACGCGGACCACAGGGAUCCCGGGGCGACCCUGGAGAGCCUGGCAGAGACGGAACCCCUGGCGCUAUUGGACCACAGGGACCACAAGGAGCACAGGGUUCCCAAGGACCCGCUGGUUCCCCUGGCACAGACGGUAUCCCUGGAGCACGUGGUACCCCCGGACAGCCUGGUACUGCUGGUGUUAAGGGUAACAAAGGAUACGCCGGCAACCCUGGCACCUUGGGCCUGGAGGGUCUCAGGGGUCGAACUGGUGCCCAGGGCCCCAUCGGUGACCGUGGACGAUCGGGACCCAAGGGUGCCGCUGGUGAAGAUGGCGCUGAGGGUGCAGCAGGACUCGUCGGUGAUUCCGGCUCACCUGGCGAGAAAGGACAACGUGGGGAACAGGGCGUGCGUGGAGGAAAGGGCGAGAAGGGAUACAGAGGCGCUCCAGGCCGUCAAGGUCUACAAGGCAAGAGGGGUCCCGAGGGAGAUCCGGGAUCACCUGGCGGCUCUGGUGAGGCAGGAGACAAGGGUGUAGACGGACCCCCAGGAUCCCCUGGACCCCAGGGAUUCAACGGAGCUCGCGGACCCAACGGACCUAAGGGAGACUCGGGCCGACCGGGUCCACGUGGCUUCCCGGGUCAAGACGGCAGACAGGGACCACCAGGGCCACCUGGAGCACGAGGAGAGCCUGGCCAACAAGCACCGAUGAUGAUCCAAGUGUCCCGACCUGGACCAAAUAAGGGACCCCCAGGACCCGGCCCAGGACCCGGACCCGGACCCGCCCCCGGACCCGGACCUAUUGUCCAACCUGUCGUUCCUGUUCAACCAGUCAUCCCUGGACCUGCCAGGAAGCGCCGAUCCCUUGGAGAAGAGGAGGAGAUUGUUGCGAACAACGAUAUGCUACCUACCAUUGCUAAGGAAGUCCUAGCACUCGCAAACACCAUGAUGUACUUCGAGCAGCGCAACGGUAGCAAAGAAUUCCCCGCAAAAACGUGCAAAGAUCUGUUUGCGUUCCACAGCGAGUACCCAAGCGGUGCGUACUGGAUCGACCCUAAUAUGGGAUCGACCAAAGAUGCUAUCCAAGUGUACUGCAACAGGACGACCAAUUCCACUUGCGUCAAGCCCUCAGUUCGAAUGUUGAAGAAGAAGGAUGUGCAAGUCGACAAGGUCAAGAUCGACUACUCUACAGAUGAAGUCCAACUAAAUCUCUUGCAAUUGUUGAGUGCCACGGCACGCCAGACGCUUACUUAUCACUGCAGACAAUCCGUCGCCUGGUUCAAUAACGUAUCCAUGAAAAAAGACAAGGCCCUCCUGAUGAUUGGAUCUAACGAAUUCGAAUUCAAAGCCAGCGGUACAAGGAAGAAUAUGCCCAAAGUUAUACGAGACGAGUGCAAGGUACGAGACCAGGCGUGGCGAAAGACGGAACUCGAGAUUAACACCAAGCAGUCCUCUAGGUUACCUAUUGUGGAAACCAAACCUUCAGACAUUACCGAUGAAGGCGACUUCAAACUGGAAGUCGGCGAUGUUUGUUUCUCCUGAGUAGCUGUAUGAUAAUAAACCAUCUAUUUGAAUUGUAUUAUUCCACGUAAGACUUGCAUUGCGACUCGAGCUCUUUAAUUCUGGUGAGGACUCUGUUCGUCUAGGCCUGCCAUGUAGGUAUAUAGCUCUUCAAUAAACCUAUGUUGUUGUAUUAGGGUAUUCUAUUGACAUUAUUAAAUAUGUAUACAUCGUUUUGCUGCCUCGAUGGCUCCAAGUUUAUAAAAAUGAUAAUGCGUAUGGAGUUAAUAAAUGUGUGUAGUUAUAUUUUUUUCAUUAAUGUCGAAUCAUUACAAUUCACAUCUCAAAAGGAAUGAUGCAUAAACGUAUUGCGGCCUUCAAGCCGCUUGUGAUAGUUACAAUACAUAGCGAAACUGUGAUUUAUUGUUUUUACAAAUAAAGUUGGAAUCGGAACCAAUGUUAAACCAU